AUGGAAUAUCUACAAAGAGUAAACGAGCCGUCACAAAACACAGCCAAAGCCGACAAGAUCCCCCGGCGAACCGAGCCGAGAAAGGUGGCCUACACGAUGCAAGAGUCUGGAAACCCGACUCCGAUUGCCACUUGCGGGCUCUUCGUAGCCUUUGGAACUCUGGCUUGCCAGCUUCUCUUCGCACGGGAUACAAUCACCAUCGACUCAGCAGCCGUGCCGGCUCACCUCUUCUUUGGAGGGUUUAUGAUUACCUUGGGGGGCGCACUCGAGCUCUGCCUCGGCCAUUAUAUCUCGGCGAUGGCCUUGGUUGCCUUGGGCCUCUUCUGCUUCCCCUUCAACAAGACUCUAUUGCCGGCCCUCUCGACUGCUACACAAGGCAUGGUGACCGACGAUGUAGUUCCUCUGACCAUGGAGAUCAGCACUCGAUUUGAAGCUUCGGCUCUCAUCUUGGGCAUGAUCCUCCUCGUAUACCUCGUAUCCUCCUUCCGAACAAACGUCGUUCUCGUCUUGACGAUCUUCUCCCUCGACCUCGGUAUCGUUCUAGCUACAAGUGCAUACUGGCUAUAUGGUGGUCAUACUGCUGGCGGAUCGGAAGUUGGCAAGAAGAUGCUGUUGGAGGCUGGAGUCUGCUUUAUUGUCGCGUCCGCGUGCAGCUGCUGGAUUCUGUUCUCGACCCUGCUGGAAGCGGUGGACUUUCCUCUGUCUUUGCCUGUUGGGAAUCUUGGUGGAAAGAAGAUUUACUUAAAGACCAACAUUUCUUAG